AGGUAGAAAUGGAUAGAAAGCGUAGACACCACACAGACUGCUUCUCACUAUAUCCGCUCCUCUAAUCCCCCCACUCUUCAUCCACUCUCUCUACGCUCCCCAUCCUCCGUUGUCCGCCAUGGCCUCAAUCGCCGCUACCACUUCUGCCGCUGCUGUGGUGAAGCUCGCCCACCUCUCUACCACCCCUUCUCUCUCAAAUCCCGCUUCGUCUAAACCCACUAAAAUUAUUCUUUCCUCUUCCUUUACUCCCUCCUCCACCACCCUCUUCCUCCGCCCCACCACCACCACCAGCCAACGCACCCUCCGCCGCUUCUCCGUCCGCGCCGCCCGCGGCAAGUUCGAGCGGAAGAAACCCCACGUUAAUAUCGGCACCAUCGGCCAUGUCGACCACGGGAAGACCACACUCACUGCUGCUCUCACAAUGGCCUUAGCCUCCCUUGGAAACUCCGCCCCCAAGAAAUAUGACGAAAUUGACGCUGCCCCUGAAGAAAGAGCCCGUGGUAUCACUAUCAACACGGCCACUGUUGAGUACGAGACUGAGAACCGGCACUACGCCCACGUCGACUGCCCUGGCCACGCGGAUUAUGUUAAGAAUAUGAUUACUGGGGCUGCCCAAAUGGAUGGAGCAAUUUUGGUGGUGUCUGGGGCUGAUGGGCCGAUGCCGCAGACGAAGGAACACAUUCUGUUGGCUAAACAGGUUGGAGUUCCGAAUAUGGUGGUUUUCUUGAAUAAACAAGAUCAGGUUGAUGAUGAGGAGUUGCUUCAGUUGGUGGAAUUGGAGGUAAGGGAACUGCUUUCCUCUUAUGAGUUUCCUGGUGAUGAUAUUCCGAUUGUGUCUGGUUCUGCUUUGCUUGCUUUGGAGGCUUUGAUGGCAAAUCCAGGGAUUAAGAGGGGAGAGAAUGAGUGGGUAGAUAAAAUUUAUCAAUUGAUGGACGAAGUGGAUAAUUACAUCCCUAUUCCUCAGAGACAGACUGAUUUACCAUUCUUGAUGGCCAUUGAGGAUGUUUUCUCGAUUACAGGUAGAGGAACGGUAGCUACCGGGAGAGUCGAGAGAGGUACGAUUAAGGUGGGUGAUACAGUAGAUAUUGUGGGUUUGAGGGAUACAAAGAGCACAACCGUUACUGGAGUUGAGAUGUUCCAGAAGACUUUGGAUGAGGCCAUGGCUGGGGACAACGUGGGAUUGUUGUUGAGAGGUGUUCAGAAGGAUGAUAUUCAGAGAGGAAUGGUUUUGGCGAAGCCCGGAACCAUUACUCCACACAGGAAGUUUAUGGCUAUUGUUUAUGUGUUGAAGAAAGAGGAGGGUGGACGACACUCACCGUUCUUUUCGGGCUACAGGCCUCAGUUUUACAUGAGAACUACCGAUGUGACAGGGAAAGUGAAUACCAUCAUGAACGACAAGGAUGAGGAAUCGAAGAUGGUCAUGCCCGGUGACCGUGUGAAAAUGGAGGUCGAGCUUAUUACCCCAAUUGCUUGUGAGCAGGGAAUGAGAUUUGCUAUCAGAGAAGGAGGCAAGACUGUGGGUGCCGGUGUCAUUCAAUCCAUUAUUGAGUAAAGGGUGAGCUUCACUUGACAGUGUAUGCCCGAUUUUGCCAAUUUCGGUUGUGUCGCUGGCUGCAAGAUCUUCUGUUUAUUUGUCAUAUAUGAUGGAGGAUUUUUUGGGUUAUUGUUAUGCAUUAGUGAAUUAGUUUAGCUCAAGAACAUUGUUGUCAUAAUUGAAUGGAAUAUUUUACUUUUGUUUCAAUUACUUGUGCUGUGCUCUGAGCAAUUAUAGUAUAGCCCUCUCAACUAUUGGAGAAAAUGAAGUCUCUCUUCUUUGGUUUGCAGAGCU